AUGGACGACGACCAACUUCGCGAACUCUUCAGUUCUUUGGCGACGUUAGCUCAACAGGGACCACUCCCAGUGCAGGCCUAUAGUGUCCUGGUUCACAAUCAUUCGCCAGAAGCGUUGGCCGAGCAGCUACACCAGAAAUGGUUAGCUGAUAGCCGUUUCGCCCCUCUUGCCUCUGACAUUGUGCUGCACGUAAGGAAGACAAAUUCGUCGGGACUCGCGCUGUCUUCAUGCGUUCUGGCGCUGCUUUUGAAUGACUACCGUAAUCGACUGGAGGUUCGAAGUCGCUCAACGCUCAUGUUCCGUAACAGCGUUAAGGCAAUAUUCGAUAUGUAUAUUGUGUUCCUCCAAAUCGAUGGUUGUGUGGCCAAAUGUCUAGUGAAACCGAUGUUCAAGUGCCUGGACAUCUUGAUCGAUGAUCAUCCAUGCUCUGAAGACUUAGAAAUGAUGGGGACUCUAAUGGCAGAACACGGAUCCAUGCUGUACAAUCUUAAUCCCUACUUGAUCGAUCGACUUAUAGUUAAAAUCCGUGCCAAAAUGUGUGCUGACGACGAAGCAAUGAACAGCGAUAUCAGAAAAAUUUUCCUACACGUGUUGGACCUAUGGGCGUGGGGUUGGAAUGAGCUAAUGAUACCGGAAUGCCUGACGAUGAACUAUUCUGAUGCAGGAGGUCUGGACAAGCGCAUACCUUCAACGAAAAACGGACACAGGCAAAAAGGAAUUCGGUAG